UACGUUGUAGCUGACUGACUGAUGAAGCGCUCAAGUAAACUGUUGCUUCCCAGAUGUCUCGUACUAGGAUUAUACAAACCACCACUUACUCAGAUUUAUCGCUUUGUCAACGCCAAAGAAUUCGCAUAUGGUGUUGUGGCGUAUGCUCGUUUUAAAGAUGUCUCGCGUCAAGUUCAUCGUUCCUUUUUAUUAGCCAAGUCCAGGGUUGCUAAGCCAAAAAUAAAAGCACCAUGUGAUCAUAAUCCCAAAACAACUCUAAGAAAGCCUAAGAAAAGGAAUGUCACCAAGCCGAAAGUGAAGACAUCGAAAAAGCCAAAGGUCACUUUAACAAAGAAGUCAGUAAAUAAGACCGUAAAGAAGCAGACAGCACAUAUUCGCCGUGGUAUUGUACAUGGUGUUGGGAAAGACGCCUUUGUGCGAGUUGUGAAUAAGAGUAAGGAUGGUUCUGAUAAAUUUAAAAAAGCCAAUGCUAAUCGUAGACAGAUUAUGUGUAGUUGGAACCAGAAUAAGAUAGCAAAUGCUCUUUUAGAAAGAGGUUGUGAAUGGCGUUUUAAACUUCCUAGAGCUAGUCAUCGAGGCAGUGUAUGGGGACGCAUUAUAAAGUCGAUAAGAAGGGUUCUACAAUCACUACUGUUUCAAAAGGUAUUGACGGACGAGUCUUUGGAGAUGUUUUUAAUAGAGAUUGAAGGGAUAAUGAACAAUCGACCAUUCGUAAAGCUAGUUAACGACUGUGAUGACCUGGAUGUACUUACGCCAAAUAAGUUAUUGUUAGUUUUCAGAGGUGUAUCAUUCGACGAAGCGCAGAUGAGUAAAACGUGCUUAUAUAACGGGGGAUGGAAGGAAGCUCAACAACUAGCCAACCUAUUCUGGAACAGAUGGUUACGGGAGUACCUACCAACCCUUCAGGCGAGAUCUAAGUGGUUGGACAUGAGGAUGAAUUUACAACCAGGAGAUUUAGUGUUAGUAAACAAUAUUGGCUCACCGAGGAAUCUGUGGCCGAAAGCUAUAGUUAGACGGGUCAAUUAUGGUCCAAAUGGACGAGUCAGAAUAGUUCGACUGAAGACAGCAACUGAAGAGAUCAGCCGGGAUAUACGGAACCUGUCUCUUUGGAGAAGCCGAUUAUAUAGACGCGACAGUAAUGAAGCCUGGACGUGGUGUCCGCUUGAGGGGGAAUGUUAGUUAUGUCCAUAACUAACCAAUCAAAUCGUUGCCUAAGCUCCCACCACGUCAAUCUGAUCUGAUAUGUCUGUAAUCUAUCCCUGUUGCAUGUGACUUACCAAUUGAAGGACAUUAUUAUCCUAUUAUAUUAGU